AUGGCAGCUACACCAUUGCGCUUUGCUGAUGAUAUCGAUCUGAUAACAUCUAGCAUUAGUCAGGCGGAACGAAUGCUGACCGAAUUUCGACGAAACAUGCUCAAUGGAACGAACAUAUCCGAAUGCAUCAGCUACGUUUAUCUGGGUCGAGAAAUGAGCAUAAUGAACGUCUUGACCCUCGAGCUGGGCGGGAGAAGACGAACGGCUUGGGAAGGGUAUAAGAGCAUCGAGAAACUAGUGAAGAAGACCAAGAACAGCCGGCUCCGUGCUUACUUCUUCAACGCCACCGUACUUCCUGCUUUGGCCUAUCCUUCUGAAACUUGGGCAUUUCGCAAGCAGGAAGAAAACGUGGUGAACGUCAUUGAACGCGCAGUUGAGAGAGUGUUGCUAGGAGUAUCCCUCUUCGUGCAAGUGAGGGAGGGGAUUCGAAGUUUUCUCCUACGUCAACGAUCGAAGACGCCGCCGCGUUUGCCAAGGAAAGUAAAAUAA